AUGUUGGAUUUUGUAGGAUAUCCACCCACUUCAGCUGACCGCUUUUACGGAACGCUUCCCACAGAUCGCAUUUCGAAUGUUGAGCUGGUAGUGGGUGUACACGGAAAUCGGCGUGUUGUAGAUAGAAGAAGACUUGCUACACGUGAAGCGGUCUCUCCGAUUCCUGCGCCACGUCCCAGAAGACGAGCGGCACGUCAGGUCUCACAAAAAGUGACUGAAGAUGUCACAGGAACUUCGGAAUCUUCUGGAGCACCUUCUGGAGCACCUUGCGGAAGUCCAUCACGUGAAGUGAGCAUGGCUGAAGCCGUCACCAAGGCUUCGGAGCCAUCUGGAGUUCCUCCUCAGAAUCAGGAAAAAGUGGAUAAGCUCGAUCCAUGGGCAAUCGAUAUGUCUGGAACAAUUAAACUGGAGCCGGUCACCGAUUUGAAUCAAGAGAAGAAAAUCACUCAAACCGUCCUCACCAACUGCGUCGUCAUCGAUUCGGAAAUCCGCAAAGCAAAGUUUUUUGGGUGCAAAAUCGAGAACUCGAGAAUCUUCGAUUGCAAAGUUAUCGACACAUCAAAGGAAUAA